AUUUUUUCUCAGUAGUUGGAAUAAUUUAACUUUAACCAAACAUUUUUCUUUUUCUUUUUGCUCACAUUUUAUUUUUCAUAAAUAAAGGCUACAAACGUGAGUUUCAUUCAUUCUACACUCCUCGCACUUCUCUCGCUCAGCACACGAGUGGACCCUAGGCUUCUCUCCAGCCCCUCUCUGUACACCAGAUCUCUUUCCUCACUUUCGGAGCUCCGUAAGUUAAGAUGGCGAUGAAGCGUGUUGCUGCCUCUGCAGUUCGUGCAAUUACUUCUUCGGGGACUUCUUCACAAGCCAGGCACCUUCAUGCUUCACCAGGAAGCAAGAAGAUUGUGGGUGUGUUCUACAAGGCGAACAAGUAUGCCUCGAUGAAUCCGAACUUUCUAGGCUGUGCCGAAAAUGCAUUAGGCAUUCGCGAGUGGUUGGAAUCUCAAGGACACAACUAUAUCGUUACUCCAGACAAAGAUGGACCAGAUUCCGGAUCAUUCAAAAGGCAUAUUCAUUUCUUGUACUUGUUCUGCAAGGCUGUGUUUGAGCUCGAGAAACACAUACCCGACCUCCACGUGCUGAUCACGACCCCUUUCCACCCGGCCUACGUGACGGCCGAACGCAUCAAAAGGGCUAAAAACUUGCAACUUCUUCUCACCGCCGGAAUCGGCUCCGACCACAUCGACCUGCCGGCGGCAGCUGCCGCAGGAAUCACGGUGGCGGAGGUCACCGGCAGCAAUGUCGUCUCUGUGGCUGAAGACGAGCUCAUGAGAAUCCUUAUACUCGUCCGCAAUUUCUUGCCAGGUUAUCAUCAGGUCGUCUCCAGUGACUGGAAUGUGGCGGCCAUUGCUUAUCGGGCGUAUGAUCUCGAAGGUAAGACUGUGGGCACGGUUGGAGCUGGGAGAAUUGGCCGGCUUUUGCUCCAGAGGCUGAAGCCCUUCAACUGUAACUUGCUGUACCAUGAUCGAGUAAAGAUGGAUGCUGAGCUGGAGGGUCAGAUCGGGGCCCGGUUUGAGGAGGAUCUUGAUGUGAUGCUUCCAAAGUGCGACAUAAUUGUCAUCAACACGCCUCUGACUGAGAAAACUAAGGGGAUGUUUGAUAGAGAAAGGAUUGCUAAGCUGAAAAAGGGAGUUCUGAUUGUGAACAAUGCUAGAGGAGCAAUCAUGGACACACAAGCAGUGGUUGAUGCUUGUUCCAGUGGGCAUAUUGCCGGUUACAGUGGAGAUGUUUGGUACCCACAGCCAGCCCCAAAGGACCACCCUUGGCGUUACAUGCCGAACCAAGCUAUGACCCCACAUAUCUCUGGUACAACUAUCGAUGCACAGUUGCGUUAUGCGGCUGGAACUAAGGACAUGCUGGAUAGGUACUUCAAGGGCCAGGAUUUUCCUCCUCAGAAUUACAUUGUCAAGGAUGGAGAGCUUGCUAGCCAGUAUCGUUAAACGUGCUUGGAUGAGUGUUCGACUAUGGUGGCCUAUGAGUGUUGUAACAUUCGUGGUGUCUGAAUAAAGAAAACUUGUUUUUCGCUUUUGGAAGUCUUUACCUUUGUAAGUAGUCGCAGUAACUAUGCGCGAACUCGGUGUUAUUGAGUGUACUUUAAAAUUGGUACUGAAUAAAUGACUUGCACUGUGUGAUUUGAGUAGUAAGUACAAGGAUUAUGUUAUCUGGACUUCAUUCAGUAAUAUUUUUCUAAAAGGGAUUUGCCAGAAUGAAUGUGUAGCUAAUGGUUCCCUCAAUUCAACUAAAACCAUUAGAUUUUUUAGUUUUGAUAUGGACUUCUAGAUGUAGUUAAGCAAAAGCAUGUAGCAGUUUCUUAUUAGAAUAUUAUAUAAAGGAAUUGAUGUAGUUAAG